AUGGCGCCAAUGCCCCGAAACAAGGGCCUGCCGUUGCUCGACUGCAUCAACAACCCUCAAGGUGCGCCGAUGCGCGCAAGCGCGGACACGGCGGAAGACAUGAAGUUCAUCUGCCAGGGUCUCCCCAAGUGGGUUGAGAUGGGCAUCUAUGAGUACCCAGGCCACGGCUGGCGUGCCAGUGAGGAGCCGGCGAAGGACUUCGAAGCUCUGGCGAAGGACGCCUUCGAGUCCAUCCAGCCAGCCAUCGAGGAACUAGGCGAAGGUGCCAAGUAUGAAGGUGCUCCAUUCGUGUUCAUGGGAAGGUCUGUUGGUUGUCAGCUGCUUGUCUCCUUGUCCAAGACGAUUCUUGUGAAAUAUGGCCUGGGCCCCAGCGCCGUCGUGGUCGCUGACCGUGCGCCGCCCAAUGUGCCGCUGCUGUCGGAGCAGGGGCAAACGGAGUUGAAGUCGGAUCCCAACAAGGUGGUCAAGGCCUUCAGCUACUUGAACUACGAGCGGAUCAACAAGAAGGUCUACGCCAGCGAUUUGGCCAUGGGCUGUGAGACCUUGGACGCGUUCUACCACAAGUUUGAGUGCGAUGUCCUGCUUCUGAAAGGCAUCGUUCGCGUGGCCGUUCCGGUGCGCGGAGUUUCCUCGAAAUCGUCCUGCCUCCGAUGCGUGGUCGGUGGCGAACAUGAUAAGUUCUUCGACACAGGGAAGAAGAAGAGCAAGUUCAAGGCGGUGACCCUGAAGGUCAAGGGCAAGGAGGAGACUCUUGACAUGCCGGCCGAAGCGGAGACCACGGUGGGUGACAUGCUUGCUGCGGUGGAUAAGAUGUUCAGCUAUCGCAUGGGUGCGAAGCUCACGGCCUCCUCGCCGGAGGGCCGCGCACUGGCUGCAGACUCCACUGUGCCAGCGGUGAUGGUCGUGGAGGGCGUGGAGGAUUUCCAGCAUGCCCGGUAUCCUUGGCCACAUCCAGUGUGCAUCAUUGGUGGCGGCUUCUAUGGCGUGAAGAUGGCCAUGGAGUAUAUGCUCCACAAGAACGAGAACAUCAUGCUCUUUGACCGCCAUGCGGAUGCUGGUGGAGAUGCCUGGCUCUACUCUGCCACGAAGUAUUCCAGGUGCCAAACAGACUUCGGUGCCUUCAACAUUUGGUGGGGCCACCAGUACAGCUUCUCUGGUGACGGUGGCUAUGGCUCCAACCCCUCCAACGGCGGCCGAGCCAAGUACUCCGCCUCCUACAAGGGCCAGGGCGCCCCGCCCGAGGGCUCGGGUGCCGGCACAGGUGUCGACUACCACCCGGUGCGACAACAGAUUUUGGACUCCAUGAGAUAUGCGCUGGAGGAGUACAACUUCAGGAAGUAUUGUACUUUUGCAACCGAAGUGGCAAGCUUGAACAUCGUGGGAGAUCCCGAGGCUGAGGAUCGCUACUACGAGCUGGGCCUCCGAAAGGUCGAACAGGAUGGUGCUGUGGCCUUGCCGAAGGGCGGCUACAAUGCCUACAGCGAUGAGAAGGGAGGGGUUGGGAACAAGGUGAAGUGCUCUGUGAUUUAUCACUUCCCAGGUGCCUAUGAGAUCAACCGCAUCAUUGACUACCCAGGUGAGGAUGAGUUUAUCGCAGCCGGUGGGCAGAUCGGCUAUGGCAUGGGCAAUGGACAAGGCGGUGCUUUCUGUUGGGACGAUGGCCGCAUGAAGGAUGCGCGCUGUGCCAUCUUGGGGAAUGGAGCCUUCGCAGUGGAGAACGUGCGAAGCUGCGUGGAGAACUCCGCAGCCAAGGUCUACAUUAUCACACGCAGGAAAAGUCUCUUGUGCCCUCGACUUCCUUGCUGGUUCUGCCAUCAAGGUCCUGAGCCGACACCGGCCUGGAUGCUGCUGAAUCAGUUCAAGGCCAUGUACAGCCUGGCAGGUCUUGAGGAUCCAUACAAGUUCUAUGCGGUUCAGAUGGGCAACGACCCUCACGAUGUCGGCAUCAAGCAAAGCAGUCGUUUCGGCAUCGGCGAUGUGACCUUCCUUUGCUUGGCCUAUGGCUUGCUCGAGUACCGGGUGGACACACUGGCGCGGUGCACGGCAAAGACCUUGCACCUCACAGGUGGCGAGAAGCUGGAGAACAUGGACCAUAUUUGCAAAGCCUUGGGGCUCAUCGGAGAUCCGCGAGUGGACAAGCUGCACGCCAUGACGCACAAGGUGGGCAACAUGAUCAACGGCGACUUUAGGCGGGUCUUGAGCGCAGAUGCCACCGGCAUGGAUUCCAGGCGCUUCACGACCUUCUCCGCGGGGCCGGGUGCCUGUGGCGUCGUGAAGCAGUGGUACUACUUGCACAAUCACCCUUGGCUCUUCAGGGAAGCCUGUAACAAUGGUAUGAUGAAGCUCCUGCCAGUUCACAAGAAGAGCGACACCCAGCCGGACCAGCCCGUGUACAUGACCAACGUACAGUACGAGAUGUGGGCCGGCGGCGUCUUCAGCAGCUAUUUCCCUACUAUGGGCCUGUGCUGGGGUGAUGAAGCGGCAUACAAGUACUCCUUGAUCCACACCAUGCACCCAGUGAAGAAGUUCUUUGAAUAUUGCAAGGCUGACUGGGAGCGCUACGAGAAGAUGUUCAGGACGAAUUGCAAGGGCUGCGCAGACAAGCCACAGGUGCCAUAUCCUUAUACCAUGGACAUGGUCGAGUCCUGGUUCAAGGAGUACGACGAGUCCCUCAACCUGCACACGUCGCCGGAAGGUCCGGAUGAUGACUUCAAGAGGAGCACCAUUGAGAUCUACAAGAAGAGCAGCGAGCGAAUUCAGCAAGACCUCGUUCCGCCUUUGGUGAAGGAGGUGGGAUUGUUGAAGGGCAUCAAGCAGGGUGAUGACCCAGUCAUGAGCAUUUGGGUCAACAAGAUCUACGAGGCGAAGAAGGGCUUGACACCUUCUGAUCCCGAGACCGCCGCCAAUUUUGAUGACAAGCAAUUGGAAGCCUGGAAGGAUUUGGUCUGUGAUGGCUACAACUUCAAGGCAGAGUCCGUGGGGACUGCCUCCGCCAUGGCGCCUCGGGUGGCAAACCCUGCCUCCGCCCGUCGUUUACAGACCGGACCGAAGACCACAUGGAACCAUGGCAACAUACCCCGCAAAAGCAAAGCCUUUAGGUCAAUCCCGGCCUUUUUGGGAGGAACGUCUUCAUUCGAGCAGAAGGUAUUGUGUCAUGGAGGUGUGGCUCAAAUCAUGGGAUUUGGAUGGAUUUGGGGCUUGCAUCUGCCUUGGGGGGUUUGGAGGACGGCCAGUCCUAAAAUAAGCAUGAGAGUGGACCAUGUGGUUCAUAAAACACAAAACAACGCUGGCCAUGAAUUUGGGUCAAACAUGGUCAAACAUCUCGAAGUCUCUUACUCUUUCAUGUAUUUUUUUCAACAACCAGGUCUAUGA